GUUCUCUACUAAGACAGUCAAUAAGUUCUCCCCUUUAAAUUUGAUUUAAUACUCACCCAAUAGGAAAAUGUCGGCGAAAAUUCCAUCCCUCCUUUUGAACAACGGAUGCAAAAUGCCAUUGAUCGGCUUCGGGACGGCAAAUGCUUACAAAGAUGAAAUCAUCCGGGCAGUUGGAGACGCCAUCGAGGUCGGCUAUCGUCAUAUCGAUGGAGCUCCAAUCUACGGCAACGAAGUGGAGGUGGGCCAAGCCAUUCGGCAGAAGAUGGACGACGCAAUCAUCGAUAGAAAAGACCUCUUCAUUGUUAGUAAGUUGUGGUGUACGUUCAUGAGUCCCAGAUUGGUCGAGCCUGCCUUGCGAAUGACCCUGAAAAAUCUGCAACUCGACUACUUGGAUCUUUACCUGAUGCACUGGCCCAUGGCGUUCGAGGAAAAUCCGGAGAUGAUACUGGAUGUUCCAUUCGACGAAAACGGCCGUGUGAAAUGCAAAGACGUCGACUACGUCGAUACCUGGAAAGCCAUGGAAGCCUGCGUUCGUCAAGGUCUAGUGCGCUCAAUCGGCGUCUCCAAUUUCAACAGUCAACAGCUCAAAAGAUUAUUGGAGAACUGUGCCAUCAAGCCGGUCACGAAUCAGGUGGAAGCCCAUGUCUAUCUUAACCAGAAACCAAUGAUUGAACUCUGUCGAGAGUACGGGAUUGUCGUAACGGCUUACAGUCCGCUUGGGCGACCGAGUCUUGUCGAAGAUCCCGUAAACGAACCUAUCUUGCUCAACGAUCCCCAAAUUAAUGAAGUAGCCGUCAGAUACAGACGAACAGUCGUCCAGAUUUUGCUUCGCUACCUGACUAUGCAAGGAGUGGUCGUUAUUCCAAAGUCAUCGAACCGAGCCCGAAUGCUGGAAAAUUUGUCAUCGCUCGAUUUCGACCUUGCCGCCGAGGACAUGGCCUUCAUCGAUAGUCUCAAUCGCAAUCACCGUUUCGUAAAAAUGGCUUGGUCCAGCCAUCAUCACCAGUAUCCGUUUAAUAUUCCAUACUAAUUUGUUUUGAGGGAGAGAUGAUUGGAUCUAAUUAAUACACGCAAUUGAAUUA